AUGUCCUGUCUGCACCUCUGCGCCACCAGUGGCAGUGGCCAUCCUUUCUGGCCGCGGCCUUGUUCAACCGUCGGUUCAUCAGUGGCGCAUGUCUCGUCCCCCAGGGACCCCCGCCACUUCCCGGAGCGCUGCCGGAGACUGCCACGCUUCUCCCAAAUCUCCAACCCCAAAUGCCACAGCGGGGAACUGGUGGUGGUGUCGAGUGCUCAGAUGCACUUGGGGGGCACGGGAGGGACCCUCGUCUACCCCGACGACCACUGGGGAAUGUGGACCGCACUCUUCGCGGCGGGGGCUCUCGGGCUGUGGUCCGAGCGGAGGACUCGGCUGGGGAGCACGCUCAGCGCCGCGGUGGUGAGCACGCUAGUGGGACUCGCCGCCAGCAGCCUGCGCGUGCUGCCCAGCGAGGGGGCGCCGGCGUACGGCGUGGUGAUGGAGUACCUACUUCCCCUGGCCGUGCCUCUGCUUCUCUUCAACGCGGACCUCCGCCGCAUCAUAAGCUCCACCGGGAUGCUGCUUCUGGCCUUCCUCCUUGGAUCAGGUAGAGGGAGGGACCUCUUUCUUUGCCACUAUGAAUCCACUUAUAGUGUUACUGGACGGCAGGUAAAAUGCUAUUCUGUUCUUUCUGUGUAGCGCCAAGAAAAUGGGCGUCUUUGUUCUUCAUAUAACCUUUUCUCAACAAAAAAAGAAAAAGAAAAGGAUAAGAAAAGAAAAGAAAAGAAAAGAUUCUUGCUUUCUCUCUGGUGGAUUUAUUAUCUGAUCUCUCUGUGUCUUCUGCUAUUCCUCAUCAUCUCUAAUGGGAAAAAGCCUGCUGGAGAAAUCAUUUGGAACUUCAUAUCUUCUUCUUCAUUAUAGCUGAAAUGAUAAAGAAUUCAACUUAUGAUGUCGUUUCUCUUUGCCUUUGUCAUUUAAUCCACUGGUAUAUGACGAACAAGGAAAAAAGCUCACUGAAUGGUUUACGGUACAAUAUCAAGGGGACGCAAAAAUUCUGUUUUUCAGAAUAAUUAUCCAGACACAAUAAUGUCCAGUCGAUCCAUAUUUGAUCCUAGCUGUAGGGGAUGAGAAGAGGUUAGUACAUCAAUUAUAUUUUCAAUUGCUUCUCAAGAAGAGCUCGGUUGGAUGAAGAGAAAAUGAAGCGCAUGUCAUGACGCAUGAAAAUCCUUAUUAAGAUAACAUCCAGUGCGUGUGCAGUAUCAUAUUAAGAGAGCGUUUGGAGACUUCGGUCUGGUUUGCUAGUAAACUGUUGAAUCUCACAAGUAAUAUGAAUAGAUGGGUAGACUAUUUUCGUCUAAUUUGUCGUUGGGGAAGAUAUGCCCAUCUUUCGUUUGCCUGGUCCUGAGGAUCAUUAAUCGAAUUUUUAGCUGGACUGAAUUGAUCAUUCGAGAUUGAAAUAUAUUCUAUAGUUCAAGCAUCAGCUCUGGCAUCGGGGAUCGUCUGGUUCUAUUUUGCUCAUUUUCCCUGUGUUAGAAGUAGAUUUUUGAGCGCCCGAGUUCAUUCUACAAGACUUCUCCUGUGAUUAAGUUUUGUGUAUGAUCUGUAUAUAUAGAGAGAGGUCUUUUGUUCCUGAUAAAAUCUUGCUUACUGAGAACUUGUGCCAGUUGCAUUAUUAGGUGACGGAGUGAAAAUGAUGACAGCUCUAGAGCUAAUUAUUUGAUACAGAGAAUGGCGAGUUUCUCUUUUUGUCUCCACUGUGGCAUUGACCUGCGAUUUAUGAAAUUCUCAAUUUUCUUGAUGAGCGUCAAAAGUAACAGUUCUGUGGAGGAAAUUAUUCGUUAUUGUGUCCCACUGAUCUUCUAUCAUCUUGCUUUCUUGAAAGGAACUGUAGAUGAAGGACGAUUCAUAUCUGAACUGAUGGUGGACCAGACAAAUUUGAUUUCUUCUCUGCCGUGUCAAGCUGUUGCCUCCACAGAUUGUGACUAAAAGAAUUGAAGAGAAACUGUCCAAAGGACAAAGACCAGCACGAGUAUUGAAAAAGUCAGGCUCCAGAGAUUGGGUAGACUAGGCUAAAAAGCCAACUUGAAUGAAACCAAUGGUAAUCUUGAUCUGGUACGCCUGCAAGAAAAGGAAAAGUAUAGGGACUCGGUCCAAGGGAUAAUAACCUGGACCUGCAAUCGUUCAUUCGAGCCAAAGUAAUGCAUUUGGAACGUGGGUCUGGAGUCUUUUAUGGCUUUAAGCACGAGUCAUGUGUAUGGCAAGAAGGCUUCUUUUCGAAAACUAAAAAAUCGUGGUUCUAUAUUUUUGUAGUUGCUAUUUCUGACUUUUUUUCGUUUAAUCUUAAACAGCCUCAAGAUUUUCGAGAGUAAUAUUGCCUUAGGUCUAGUAGCUUGUUGAGAUAUCAGUCUCUGAGUUAUCCGUGCCCACUGCCAGUGUCGGUGGUGGUGAUGGACUGUAGUUACGUUCCUAAAAAUGUUUUUUUGGCUGCUAUCGCUUGCAUAUAGCCACUGUGUCCUUGUCCCUACCUUCAGCGUUGGGGAGGCCCAACUAGUUCUUGCACUCUCUCUUCCUCAUUACUUCAGACACGUCACUCCCCUUGCUCAAUCAUCUCUUUUGCUGCUAUGUGCAUGUUGCCUGAUCAAUGACUGCUGCCAUGACACACCCAUGCCCCUGCUAUGCUCACUCCUGUGAUACUUGGGAAUGUGAAGGUUGGAUGAAAUAGAAUGGCGGGAAAGGGCCAGGAAAAGGGUUGGACAGGAGGGAAACAGAGAGGAGGAGAGGACGCCUAGAAAAAGAUGGCUAGGGACAAAUAGCAUGGAAAAUAAAUGUGGGCUUUAUGGGCUAGUCCCUACUUAUGUUUGAACUUGGCUUGCAUCGUAUAUGGGGCAAGCUGGGUCUAAAAACUUGUCUGGGAUGGAUUUUGAGGCCCAUGACUGGGAAAAAAAAAUAAAAAAUAAACCAAGCUACGCUUUGAGCUUACCUGGUCCAUUACUCUCCUUGGUCUAAUACUAGAAACAAAUCAGAGCAAAGCAAUGCUAUCCAUGUCUGGAAUACUGUGGAGAGAUUCGUAUUCAAGGUGAAAUUAUAAAUAAAGUGAUUUAUCAAUAUCGUGUAAUAGGAAUUUCCUCAAACAGUCUUGUCCAUCAUCUUUCAUGACUGUAAGUCAUAUACGAAAUCGAGGAUAAAAUGUUGCUCUCAUGGAUGUAUGCACAAUAUUAUGACAUCCUGCAUGAGAAUUUUUCCCCAUAUUGGUUUAUCCUCGAUUUCCUAUUGGAUGAUGUCAUUCAUUAUUCUAUUCGAUUUUUCUGUUUUUGGAUAUUCAAAUUUAUGAUGGGAUUCUCUUCAUUGAAUACUGCACGUGUUAAAAUAUACUGCCCAUACUGUCUUUUAUUGGACGAACGAAAUACUAUUUAUUGUUCAGUACCAGACCUAGAAUGCCUAUUUAAUUUUAUUGUCAAUGGUAUCUCUAAGUUUACCACAAGUACCUUGACUCUAUGUUUUUCCUUUGACUUUUUUUCCUAUUUCAACUGUUUUUGGUUACAGUUUCAACAAUAAUUGGAACAAUAAUAGCAUACCUUCUUGUCCCAAUGCGACCACUUGGAGCGGACAGUUGGAAGAUUGCUGCGGCUCUCAUGAGUAGUUAUAUUGGCGGAUGUAUGUCAAUUUAAUGAUUUUUUCUUCUUGUAUUCAGUUCUUUUCUCUGGAUAUAUUUUAGGGCUAUUUCAAAAUAUUGAAAGCUCGAUAAUUUUAAAUACUUUCGAAAUGAAGUGAAUUUUAUGGUACUAAAUUUCAAUGAUAAGUGUCAAGGUGAAUUAUAAUAGCUUUGUUCAUCAUUGCAUACACCAUGGGCAUUGAGUCUAGGAAGCUUUGUUUGGAAUGUGGAGACUUGCAAUGUCAAAAGUGAAAGACUAACAAGCAUAUACCUGUGCUUCAGUGUUCCUUUAUGCUUGUCCAUUCUCAGACUUUAUGUUGAUUGUUGGAUAGAUCUACAAUAUUUAUUUCAAGAAGCUUUGUUCACAAUUCUAUAAACAUUAGUACUCAAGAUGAAAGAAUUUACGGAUAUACACGUGCUCCAGUUUUUACUUUUAUGCAUAUUUACUCUGUGACGUUGUGUAGAACCUCGUUCUUAUAGCUGUACAUUCUAAAAACCCACCCAUUUCAAUAUAACAAACAUCAACUCUGGUCUCAAGUUGUUUAUUCUUUUGUUUCUCUCAUUCAUAGCUAUUCCCUCAAAUUUAUUUCUGAAUCAAGACAACAUCAUGUACGUAAAGAAGAACAUAUAAAAUUCAUUUGCAUUCGGCAUUAUUUACCUCUUCAGAAUGUCUGUACACUUGAUUUGAGUGGGAAAUGGGAAGAAGAAGAUUUCGUAUAUCGCUGAUGAAAUCACCAUUUUCUAAGAGUGACGAGAAGGUGAGAAAUAAUGACCCAUUUAGCACUUGCAGGAUGUUGGAGUAUAUGGGGGUGAUACCUAAAUCUUUGAAUGUUGGCUUCAUUUUAUUCCGUCAUUGAACAAACCUAUUGGUGAUUCUUGGAUGUGUAUUCAAAGGAAUGUUGCUUCAAAAUGAAGGUAACCCUUGAUCGAGAUAUUACAAGUGAAGGUGGCCAUCUAAAUGCUCCUAAGAGAAUCGGCCCCAUGACACUGUAGCAUUUAGAGAUGCCUGCCAACAAUGUGAAACUAUCAAUAUUGAUGCCAUUUAUGUGGGGAAUUCGAAGAAGCAUCCAAUAUGCUAUAAAUAAGAUGGGUAGGAUGCUCAAGAUGAGCUCCUUUUCUGGAAAAUGAAUUAUAUUUAUUACUUUGAUGCGGUCAUGUACAGAACUCGCGGUCAGCACUAUAUUAAAAGUCUUAGAUAGUGUAAAAUUAGGUCUUAGGGAUCUAAUCAAUUUGAUCUUUUUUUUUUCUUAAAGUGCAUAUUUAGUAGCUAUCAUUUUCCUGAUCACUAUCUUGUUGCUGUUCCUUUGAUGUCUGGUUCAUAUUAUUCCUUUCGAAUUUCCGCUUAGAUGUUGCCGAGAGUUGGACUGUCUGAAGCAAGAAAGCUAUACAGCUCUCUUUGUAUUUUAUCAUUGAUUAAUGAAUUCUCAGAAAACUUUGAUAAUUAAAAAUCCAUGUGACAUGAUUAAAUUUAAAACACAAUUCACAUAAAAGAAAAGAUCAGGGUGGGUUUUGUAACAGAUUGUUCUAAAUGAAGUAAUAUAAUCGAAUUCAGAUGAAUAAUACCUCGUCCUUAAGGCUGAAUGCUAAUAACGUCGAGCACUACACACGAAGCUAUGUGGGUGGUACCAAACUUGGGCACAACAAGUACGAUUUGGGGAAAUACUGGAGCCACAUUAUUUGCCACGUUGUUGGCAUGGGUUGUGAGUACCAUUGUAAUAUUUGCUUGGAUUGGUUCCAUUAAAGACUAAGGAGGAUGGAAAUAAUUAGGAGAGAAAUCGAAAUGAAUGACCUAAAUGCCGGCAGCUCCAGCUGGUUUUGACUUGCCAUGAGUACAUCUAUUUGAGGUAGGGACUUGGUUGAGUGCAGAUGAGUAGUAUAUUGAAAGAUAGAACAAUGGGCUCUUCAUCACCUAGACCCAACAAUGGGAUGCAAGGGUAAGGGUAGCCACAAGGUGACGACUGAAGAGUUGUCUAUUUCAUCAUAUAGAAGAGGGAAAUUACUUUUUGAAGUGGGUAUCCUGUCCUCAGCAUCACAUGCUUAUCUCUAUUUUCUUUUGAUUUCUUGUUAAAAUAUUUUUUAUAGAUGUUCAUAUGAGUUAUAUCUAUUAAGUGUAGCAUUAUUUUAAUUACUUUGAGUUGAGGUGUGAAGAUGCACACUAAUUGGUGUAUAAUUUAUGUAUUUUUUAACAUUGAUGCCAUGUUAUGACUAUUAAUGAUAUAAUAUGAUUAAACUUUUGUCUCUAUGAGAGUUACAUGUUAUGACUAUUAAGCUAUGUAAAACGUAUAAAUAUUGACUCACUUUUAUUACUCUGUAAAUUGAAAGAUUAAAUUUAAAUUAAGAUACAUAAAUGAAAAGGAUACGUCUCAUUUUCUUAUCAUUAAUAAUUGCAUUGCCUUUUCUUGGUAGUAACUUUGUGUUACAUUUUGUCUUUAAUUUUGAGAUGCCAUGGGUAUGUUAUCUCAACUGUCUUUUACUGCCAUAUCAUAUGACAGAUAUGUCAUCAUGUUUCCUUUUCCACACAAAGAGAUAAUACAAUUUAAAUUCAUUAAAAAUGUAAAAUUCAUAGUCUAAUAAUUGGCAUAUUUACACCUUUCACCUAAUAAUGAUUUAUCUUUUUUUAUUUCGUUUUUCUCCCUUUGAUUCUUAAUUUUUGGUUUAUAAUCAAUAUUCUGCCCUCUCUUUAUGGGGCUCGUGAGAUUUAUUGGCUUACUUGGUGUCUAUUUUGAAGAUCUCUUAUUUUCUAAGGUUAUUGCAUCCUUAAUAAAAAGAUGUCGUUAUUAUCGCCUGCCUUUUGGCUCUGUAUUUUCUACUCAAUGUUUCUGUUGUCCAUGUUUAACUCCUGUGAAAAAGUCGUUCAACAGGUAGUAUCGGAUUAAGCACAAUGAAAGGAAGACGUUUUUAGAUACCUUUUCAGCCUAAUUGUGACAUCUCUAUAAUAUUAUAAUUUAAGUAUUGUGAAACAUCAUGAUGGGUUCUUGAGAUUAUGGAAAUUGGAUGAUAAGUUCCUCCUUUACUCUCUUGAGAUGGAAGAUUUACACAGAUAUUUUUGGAAUUUAGGACCUUGGAGGAACUUUAUUGUUAUCCGCUUAGGGUUGGGAGUCGUGAUCUUUUUAUUUGUCCUUGCAUGAGGAAGUAGGAGAAUGACCAAGAAGGGCAGGUGAUCAUCUUUGAAUACUUUUACCAUUCAGUGAUGUACUAGCCCCAUAAAUCAAUCUAGCAUAUUUAAGCAAACUUUUGAAUGAAACAAAAAAAUUGAGUUUAGUCUCUCGGCUAAAUAUAGUUAUAGUAUCUUGGGUUAUUCUUUUGGUUCAUAGUUGUUAGUGCACACUUAUGACCCAUUUAAACGAGGGAUUUGAUAGUUCAUUCACACGUAUAAGGAGCACUGAGUUUGCCAAAUGUUUUCAGCACAAUUUGUUGCAAUCCACAUGGUUUUCUCAUUUGAUAAAUUCUCAAAAUCUUCAUAAAGUAUUGUCUAACAAUACUUUAUGAAGUAUUAUUAGAUAAUUAUUAUGAUAAUUUCAUUUUGACACCUUUCAAAUGCAAGUUUAUUAGAUAAUAAAACUAGAAGACAUUACCUGUUUGAAACUAUUAAAACGAGCUCCUUUUUCAGUUUAGGUGAUUCUUUUAAUAAUUUUUCCAAUAGUUUUAUCUGAUUGAUGAUGACAGCUCCUUCUUCUGAACUGAACCCUAUUUUUCUUUCACCAUGGUGGAUGCUUUCCUUCUGUUUGUUACAUAUAUAUGAUUCUGUACUUAUACAGCCCUCUCUGGUAAAAAAAUCAGCUGUCAACUAUGUUGCUGUCUCAAAGGCUCUUGGUGUUUCUUCAUCGGUUAUGGCAGCAGGAGUUGCCACAGAUAAUAUUAUGUGUGCGAUAUAUUUCUCUGUUAUAUUUGCACUGGCAUCGAAUAUAUCUUCAGAGCUCUCAUCAUCUAGAAAGGGUGCGCCAUCAUUAUCUUCUUGCAAUCCACUCAUCUCUGUCAUGCAUAUUUGAUGAUAUUUUUUUUUGUCCAGUCUCUCGUGUCCUAUUGAUGUACAAAUAACUUCACUAAGUAUUAUCUUCUUGGAAUGUACUAAUGACUAAAUAUUUAUCCAUCAUCAUUGUUGGUGUUUAUAUGUGAUGUUUUCAUAUCUUCUGUCUUUCUUGUAUAAAAGAUGUGCAACAAUUACUAUUUGAUGCUCUAUCUUACUAAAUUUAAAUUUUCUUAUCUGCCAUCAUCUGUAAGAAAUAAAGAACUCUGUAAAACGCUGCUUUUAUUAUUUUUUGUUACUGUCUUUGUGCUAUUUUUAGGAAAUUUUAAUAUCCUAUCAUCUCCCAUGCCAAAACACAAUAUGUUUAUAUUUCAGUGGUGUCAAUUUUGUGAAGCAGAAGACACAUCUCUUCAAUGGUGUAAAUGGCAGUGUUUUUUUUUCUUUAAUGAAUGCACUGGAUAAGGCCACAAGUUAGGAAAUAACCGUUUAUCUUAUAGAUUUAAAUCUUUCUUGGAGAGAUUUUCGGUUAUCAGGGAAAAAUAGAUGCCUAUUUUAUGAAGACAGCAUUGCUAGUUUGGUAGAUUUAUUUAAUGUCACUGACAUCUGCAACCAUUCUUGUAGUAAUGGAAUAUGAUCGACAGGCGAGUGAAAAAAUAUGAAAGAGUUUUUAUAUUUUAAAAACCCAGAUGAAAACAACGGACCCUUAUGGCUGAUAGCUCUUCCUAGGAUGUUUUUGAGGGACCACGUAGUUUAUGGCUCCCAGGUCAAAGAUCUUGAACCUCCUCUCCUUGCACACCCCCCAGGGCCACUUGAGCACCCCGGCGGCAUCUUACUUAGUCAUUCUUAGCUCAUCUGUUUUAAACUUGGUCAUGUCUCUUCACAGAAUUUCAAUUCCAUUUUACCUUGUAUGAACUAUUGAAGUGUUGAAUAUUUGCAGAUUGUUCAGUGGGCGUUGUAUCUAAAUUAGGAGAGAACCCCUCGGUUAUGCAAUUUGCUAUUGCUCUCUCAUUAUCCUUUGCAAUAUGCCAAGUCUCUACUUUUAUCUCAACGGCUUUGGGAAUUCAAGGGGGCAGCCUUCCAUGUGUAACUGUGGUUUCUGUCUUCCUGGCUACACUAUUUCCUACACAAUUAUCUAUCCUAGCACCUGCUGGAGAAACUUUUGCUGUGAUCCUGAUGCAGGUACAUCUUCCGAAAUGGAAUGGCUCAAGCAAAUGCAUGAAUAUUUAUUUUUAAAUUUAGGAGAUUUUUGCUGUAGAUAUUUCUGGUGACAGUGAAGUUUGAAAGUGUUACAAUUUGUUGUGUGACAGUAAUCCGUCAGGAGGAAUAAAGUUUAAUUGAACUUUUAGGUGUCCACGUUGGAAAGUAUUUUAAUAUAUUAUUUCCCCUUUCUGACUCUUAAACAGAAUGGAUUCCUGUAUAUAAAAGCCGUCUCGUUAUUUCUUUGUUUUUAUUCUUCACACUCUGGUGUUUUGUCUCUGCCGUUCCAUAUGGUUGAUGAUCAUUUUUCUGUGUCAUGGGAAAGAAGAUGCAAACACAAAGAGGAUGCUAAAGGCAAAGGAUAAGACAAGUAAACUAAUAAUAUAGGAAGUGACCUAGAACUCGGAUAUCCAUAGAAAUAUGAAAAACAUACUAACAGUUUCCUCUCUUAUUGGGGAAUCAUGUAUGACAUUUUCUGGAUAUCUGAAAGAUUUUCUACACUGAUCAUCCCAUUAUGAGUCUUAUGGAAUUGCCUAAACAAAUUUUGCGGCAUCCCACAUUGUACUGUUGAGGGCAUUAUGUCUCACCUCGAAACUCUUUGGGGAGAUGUUUCUGUUUCCAGAAAAUAACGAAAGAGGCUAUUGUGGAUGUCCCUCCAGCUCUUUUGAGUUCUCUGUGUGAUGUCUUCAUAUCUUCAUCCAAUCCCUCUUUACCUCGACUGAUCUUUUUUCUUUUUUCUUGGGCACAUUGAAUCUUCUGAUUCUUGUUACUUAAGGUACCAACCACCGAAGCCUCUGGUUGAGUUGUAUUUCUUCAUUGUGCAGUGAUGUAGAAGAAUUAGAAAAAAAGGGAAUGACAGGUUGCUCUGUCUUUCAAAUUUGAUUUUUGGUAAUUUUCAGAGGCGCUUGUGAAUCAAGGGUUUCCACAUGGUCUCUCUAGAUAGAAAGAUACCCCUCUCUCUCCGUGGAUCAUACAGUGUGAUAAACUACUAGAGUUCAUUAAAUCUGAUCUUUCUUCAGUGAGAUUUGAUCGAUGAAGUCUCCUGAUAUCCAUCCCAGAAAUGUAGUGCCGCAAAAACUAUACACAUUUAGUUGUCUUUUCCAAACUGAUCCCAGAUACUUUCAUCUGCAUCCUUUUCUUAUCUUUGACAUCAUAAAACAUUAAACACUUCAUUUUUCAAACGAUUCCAAAACAGUAGUAUUUGCAACAUUCCCCAUUCUUUUCACCACUUAAUCUCGAGUUGGAUUUGAUCUUUUUUUGAAUUAAUUUUUGAAUUAUCUUUUUUUCAACACUGUGUUAAACAUUUCCAAAAUGCGUAUGCAGCUGUUCUUCACUGUCAUUGGAGCGAAUGGUAGUGUGUGGAAUGUGGUAAACACAGCACCAAGUAUCCUUGCCUUUGCUUCUAUCCAAUUGUUUAUACAUCUAUCUUUGAUACUUGGUGUUGGGAAACUCCUCGGUUUUGAUAAGAAGUUGUUGCUCUUGGCCUCAAAUGCCAAUGUUGGGGGACCCACAACAGCCUGUGGAAUGGCUACGGCUAAAGGAUGGGGUUCUCUUGUUGUACCUGCUGUUCUUGUAGGUAUUUUAGGGAUAUCAAUGGCUACAUUCCUUGGAAUUGGUCUUGGAUUAACUGUUCUGAAAAAUAUGUGA